AAAAACCCACAAUUCCUGGUUGACACGCCAGAUCCGCAGAUCGGAAAAAUCGCAACCCCGUCGACGACCACCGUCCACAGCGUGAAACCUCGCCGUUGUAUCUUGUAACCGCUUCGCCGCAGUUCUGGCUCCGGUGAUAGAGUCUCUCUCGUAUUCUCACUCUUCGAACUAAGCAUAACACCGAAGCGAAACGCCGAAAACUCUGGAUUUCACAAUGGAAGAAUUGGAGCAAUGGAAGGAACAACUUUCUCACUGGUGGCUUCUGGCUAUGGAUUAUUUUCGAGAGGUUCCGCCCAAUCAGCUCUACGCUGCUGCUGCAAUCGCGGUUUUCACAACUCUGCUUCUUCUCUCACUUCGGUUGUUGAAGCGCGCAAAAUCUAACACCGUUGUGUUGACCGGGCUUAGUGGAAGUGGAAAAACUGUUCUCUUCUAUCAGCUUAGGGAUGGCUCGACUCAUCAGGGGACUGUUACAUCAAUUGAGCCUAAUGAAGGCACUUUUAUUCUUCAUGGUGAAAAAACGAGGAAGGGCAAGAUAAAACCUGUUCAUAUUGUUGAUGUUCCUGGGCAUUCUCGGCUCCGACCUAAACUGGAUGAAUACUUACCUCUAGCAGCUGGCAUAGUUUUUGUGGUUGAUGCCUUGGACUUUUUACUAAACUGUCGCGCAGCUUCAGAGUACCUAUACGAUCUACUGACUAAAGGAAGUGUUGUGAGGAAGAAGAUUCCAGUGCUUAUUCUCUGCAACAAGACAGACAAGGUCACUGCUCAUACGAAAGAGUUUAUCCACAGACAGAUGGAGAAGGAAAUAGACAAAUUACGGGCAUCAAGAAGUGCAAUAUCAGCAGCUGAUAUUGCAAAUGAGUUCACCCUGGGGGUACCUGGUGAGCCAUUCUCUUUUACCCAGUGCCCUAACAAAGUAACAACUGCAGAAGCUUCUGGUUUAACUGGGGAGAUAGCUCAGCUGGAAGAGUUUAUCAGAGAAUGUGUAAAGCCAUAGUUGGAUAUUGAAUUUAAACUCAGAUUUUUGUUGAAUUGAAUUUGUUAUGAAUGAUUGUUCUUAGAUCACGGCUCUGCCUGGAUGAGAAGAGGCAAAAAAGCGAAGGGGCUUUAGGGGGAUGGGGGCAGGGGGAGAGGGGGUGUUUGGAGUAGGAAUCACUGUUGGGAUCAAUAAGGAUCUCUUUCAUUGCAAGUCCUGGUGUAUUGAUUAGACUAUAUUGAUUCAUCUAAUGUAUCGGUACUAAUAUUUACUUU